AUUUCUGCUCCACAAGAGCGGCUUUAUUCAACAUGGAUAGGAGGAUCUAUCCUUGCAUCCCUUGACACAUUCAAAAAAAUGUGGGUCUCUAAGAGAGAAUUUGAAGAAGAAGGUCAACGUGCAAUUCAUAGGAAGACAUUCUGAAGUCAGCAACUUCAUUGUUUGGAACUGAAUAGAUCUUCAAUCUGCAUUACUGCUCGUGUACUGCAAGAAUUGAUAAUGGUCAUUCUUUGACUAGAGAGUGGAUUGGGUUGAAACGCUAUAGGGAUAGUCUGUAUGAAAAGACUGCACAAAUCAAACAGCAUUGGCCUUAUGUAUGGCAUACUUUACAUUUCUCAUGCAUAAAACCUGCAAAUUUCUGUGUAUGGCAUUCAGAUUCUGUGUUAAAUAUGGGGUGUGUCAUGGGAACUAAUUUAAAUCAAAAAUAGUGACUUUAAUUUUUAACCUCUUGGUUAUAAAACUCAGUUAUGUAUUUAUAUACUUAUGUGUAUUUUCAGAUACACACAAUUACAAGUACAUACUAUUGUAUGUGUUAUGUUCUUUACUGACAUGAUUUUUGCCCUCUUGCAUAGGUAGCAAAUAUCAAUUUCAUAAUACUAAUUAUGUUCUUGUAUCUUCUUAAUGCACAGCUUAUUAUCUCUCAGCCUUCCAAUGAUAAUUUAAUUCCAAUGCAGCUAUCAUUUGUCAUUUCAUGACCUCAGAAUUGUAGUGAUGUUGACUUCUGGCUUUAUUGGGAAUACAAGGUGCUUCUGAGCAUGAAUGUAGUCACGUUAUUUAUUUUGUAUUUGUAAAUAAUGAGAAUUAAAUGCAUUAUUUAUCCCAAACCUACUGAAAUUUUGUAUUCACUAUCAUUUGUGGAUGCCCAUUAAAAUGAAACGCAUCAGUUAAUUUAACUCCAAUGUUGUCAAAUAGGUUAUUUACGAUUACCAUAAAAGUGUGCAUUUUCUAUUUAUUAAUAUAUAACCUGAAGCCUAAGGGGAAAAAUUUCCUUUGUAUGUACAAUACUUUUACAUUACAUUGUAUUGUAUGUACAGUUUAUGGCAAGGUGGUGCAAAACUGUAAGCAGCAUAACUAGGCAGCAAGACUGGAAUAUUUGUAUGACACAUACUACAAAGGAGUUUUCAGGACAUUCAUACACUAGCCUCCAGCUCUUACAAAACAAGUUUUGUUGCAAACAUAAGCGCACAUUAAAGCUAUGAAAAAUUCAUUAAAUUGGCUUGCUAAUAAAACUCAGUCUCAUGACACAGUUUAUCACGAGGUAAUCAACAAAUUUAAUUUUCAUUAAUAAUGUGGAGGAAGAAGAGUAUAUUUAAUGCAACAUAUUAUUCCAAUAACUCAGUCUGAGAAUGCUCUUGAAACAUUCCUAUGUAAUUUCCUGCUAAUUCCUAGUUAUUUCCACUCUUGUAUGUUCUAGUGUUACCCACUGAAGCAACAUCAAUGGAAAUUAGUUUUAAACAAUGCAAACAAAAUAUUCCAUCUGCUUUGUUAGAAUAUACCUAAAAAUACCAUCUGGUAAUUGGAUGAUCAUGUUUGUUAAGACAAUUAUUUUAUGAAGGCCAGACAAAGUAAUGCAUAUCUGCCAAAUGAGUAAAGAAAGGACCAGUAAUUUUCUAAAACUAGUGCUUCACUGUCUGUUACAUUCACUGCACUAAAACAACUACCAAUCAACUCCACAAAAACUGUUGAAAUUUCUGCAGUGUGGAAUAUUAUUUAUAAUAAUUGUUAUAGUAAAAUAUAAUUAUUUUAUGUUUUACUUAAUAUGCAAUACUGUAAAACACUUUUACAGUGUAAAUAAUCCCUUUUGUGGUAAAGCUUUUUGAAAAUAAAAACUGUAUGACUUUACUUUCAAAGUUCUCUAUUUUCAGAAAUGAAAAACAAUACAUCAACCAUUCAAGUCAUGAAAUUGUGCUGUAUAAUUUAAAUACAUCUCUACUAUGAAUAAAUACAUAUUGCAAC